AUGAGUCGUUCUAAUAAUCGUAUAUCGGAGUAUCUUCUGGCUUUAGCAGAACGUGAAGGAGCAUCAUUGUUUCCUUCUGGUUUACUUAUGUAUGAUUUACCAUCGUCACGUCGAACAGCAUCUCGAGCAUUGAAUAAUGUUGACUUAAUUGAUCGACAAUCAUUAUCAUCAUCAUCACGAAAACGAUCACCAUGUCCGGUUCCUACCUCUUCAUCUUCUCCUUCAUCAAUAGUCGAUGGCGAUUUAUCAGUCGAUGGUGAUUUAUCAGUUGAUGAUGAACCAAAUCAGAAAAAUUUAACAACAUCAGAAGAUUGGUGGCGUCAAGCCAUUGAACCAAUACCAGCAAAAACAAUUUCGGUAUCUCAUUCAGCAUUUAGUAUGAAUGAUGAGAAUACGUCAAAUGAUACAAAUCCAUUAUUUUCUUUAUUACCAUCAUUUAGUUCAACUCAAAAAAUAAUUGUACAUAAUCAAGCAUUAACGACUUUAACACAAAUCUAUUCUAAUAAAACACUUGACUAUGUUAAACAAUGGUAUGAACGUCAUUCAAUACCGACUUUAAAUGUUUUAAUAAAACGUGGCUUAUUAAAAAUUUAUAAAGAAAAAUCAAUUCGAAUGACAAUUAAUAAUAAAAAAGACAUCUUUGGACAAUUAGAUAAAAAUGGUAAAAUUAUAUCAACAUUUGAUAAUCGAUUAUUUGAUUCUGUUGAACAUUUUUAUCAAACAUAUCAACCACGUCGUAAAAGAAAUGACAAUUUAACAAUUAUUUAUGAAUCUGUGCAUUGGUAUGAUAAAUCAUUUCAUACAAUAUUACUUGAAUAUGCUGAAACAAUUGUAAAAAUUUCUGGUAUGAAAACUCGAUUAAUAACUGAUGAUGAACUUAUAUCAAAUAACACCUCAAUUGAUAUAUUACCAAAGGAAAUUCUUUGUCAAAUUAAUUGUUGGAAUGAAGGUCGAAAUGAAAUCGAUCUAUAA